UCAGCGAGGACAUGGGAGUAGUGAAGAAGAUAAUUGACGAAGGACAAGGAUGGGAAUGUCCAAGAGAGCUUUAUGAAGUCGAAGCUUGGAUAACUGCCAAAGCAGCUGAUGGCAAAAUGAUCCUGCCGCGUAUGAACAAUCCAUAUCACUUUACAUUUGGCAAAUCAGAGAUACCAAAAGGGCUUGAGAUGGGAAUUGGAACAAUGGCCAAAAGAGAAAAAGCUGUAAUAUUUGUGAAUGAUAGCUACUUGACAAAUUCUUCGUUGAUACAAAUUCCCGAAGGCCAUGUAGAGGUUCAGUUUGAAGUGGAACUUGCACAUUUUACUCAGGUGCGUGAUAUGCUUGGUGAUGGGCGCCUUAUAAAGCGUCGAAUACAUGAUGGAAAAGCACCGCUGGAGAAGGAUGUCAAUUUUAUGAGGCUGACUGCAAGAAAAAAGUGGUGUUAUCGUCUAGUGGUGUGAAUCCCAUCAAGGGCA